UCUUCCAUCUCUCAUAUCACCAUCUCCCUUAAAGAUCUUAUUAUGUAAGCUAUUAUAACUAUAACUACUAAUCUAUCUAUAUAACCUCAUUCUUCUGCUUUCUUUUUUAAAACCCAGAUGUUCUGCUCUUGCCCUGUUUUUCUUCACUGAUAUACUCUGUUUUUCUCCUGUCCAGCCAACCUCGCAAAAGAGGCUCUCUGGUUUUCCUUACUCUGCAGCUAUCUGGGUUUUUAUAUUGAUGCUAUAUUUUACCGUUACUAUUAUUAGUUUAUUACUAUUAUAUUAUUCUUGCGUUCUUAAUGUUUAAGAUUCAUGUCUCCUGUUCUUAGCGAAAUCCUCCGUUCCGGGUUUAUAAUCAGUUCCUCACUCAGAAGAAGGACCCAUCUUGUUCAAUCUUUUUCAGUCGUCUUCCUCUACUGGUUUUAUGUCUUCUCAUAAACAAAUCUAGACCCAACCCAAGAACCCAAACUAAGCUUUUUCUUAAAGGAUACUUAACCCAAGGUUUGAACUUUGAAAUCUAGUUCUCUUGUAAAUAACUAAAUAAAAUUAAAGAAGAAGAAGAAAAAUGGUUUCUUCAAGUGGGAAUUCAAUGGGAAACAUACAGAUGAAUCAGAUCUCAGGGUGGGAAGGAGGGGACUUGGAGGAGAUGAUGAAGGAGAGGAAGAGGAAGAGAAUGGAGUCGAACAGAGAAUCAGCGAAGCGGUCGAGGAUGAGGAAGCAGAAGCAUAUGGAUGAUCUGAUAGCGCAGGCCAGGCAGCUGAGGAACGAAAACACCCACAUCCUUAAACACAUCAAUCUGGCCACAGAAAAUUACCUUAACGUGGAGGCAGAGAAUUCUGUUCUUAGAGCUGAGGUUAUGGAGCUUGACCACAGGCUUUCAUCCUUGACCGGAAUGCUCAGCCUGAGCAGCAGCUAUGGCGGAAUCCUUGACUUCCCAUCUGCUGAGAUUGUUCAUGAAUCUGGGAUUGAUGGUUUCAUGACUAAUCAUUUGUGGACGUGUCUGUUGAAUCAGCCCAUCAUGGCCUCUCUUGAUGCGAUGAUACAGUAUUGAAUAUUGAUUGAAAUGGUCACCAUCAGACCGAGUAUGAUAUGAUUUGAUUUUCUAGGGGAAGUGUUGUGUGCAAGUCUUGUUGAAAUGUUACUGAAAUGUGUUAUAAGACAUCUCCAAUGCUAUAAUGUGCACGGUGCACACGUGGCAUGAGAGAUGACCACAUAAAUAUCAGUUAAUUAAUUUUUUCUCUCUCUUUAUUUAAAUGAUUUUAUACAGUUUUGGUAAGUUUUUCUCUACAAUGUCAAAGAGACCGUCAAAUGUUGACAUUGCUGUUGACAUUGCAGGAAAAAAUUACCAAAAUUAUAUAAAAUCAUUCAAAUAAUGAGAGAGAUAAUUUAUUUGCUAAUAUUUAUGUGGCUAUCACUACUGCCACAUGUGCACCGUGCACAUUAUAGCAUUGAAGAUGCUCUAAAUGGAAUAAAGGAUUGUGUUUGUCAAGUAGAUCAAUGUUUCUUUCCCAGAAUAGACGCGCAUUUGGUACGCUAAAUAAAUUUAUGGUCAUGUCUCCUGUAUGAUGGAGAGCUUAUUAUAUUCAAUAAAUUAAGUUAUUUC